UUUUUAUCUACGGAUCUUUGCUGAACACUUGAACUAAUACUUCUUACAUUUUCUUUCUUUUAUACUCCACUCCGUGUUCUCUUGCUUUUUUCGUUCAAUUGUAUGUUCUUCACUUGUUCUUCCGGAAUACGGAGUAGUUAGAUGAAUAACAUCUGGAUUUGUGUGUAACCAUUGACUCACACGUAUUCGUAUUGCGGAAUACCCCGCCAUUCUUUCCGGAGCCGACGCCAGAGACGAUCGCUGAAGCUUCGGCAGCGAUUUGAUGGAACCAGUGGGGGUUGGAGUAACGGUAGCGGUCUUUAAAGCUGUGUUUAAUGGAGUUGAAGUUUUGGUGUUGGAGUUGAUGCAGCACUCCUGGCGUCUUCGCGCCUGAACGUCGUCUCCUUUAUCAACAGCAUCCUGUUUGUCUGAAUCGUCUUAGCCUGAACGAUUGGGAUUAAUAUGCAAUGGAAAGGGACUGAAGAAAGAAAAUAAUUGUUAUGGCGACGUUUGUGGGUGGGUUUGUCUUGCCAUCGCUGCUGUUAACAGCUGCUUUACUGCAUUGGAAUUUGGUAUCUCUUGUUGAUUUGGUUGCCUCUCUUAUUAUUCGAUUCACUGCUCCAAAACGAGGAUUUCGUUUCCGAGGGAGGAUUCUAUUGUGGUCUGUUUUUGCCUUUUCUCUUCUUGUAAUUAUUUCAGAAGUAGUUUUUCUCAGUGUAUGGGCCAUCAUUGGUUUUAAGUGGUGGUUAGCAGAUUCUUGGUGGGCAAAGCUAAUUGGACUAAUGAAAAUCCAGUCCUGGAGAUCUCCACUAGCGAUAUGUAUUUUGGUUGUGCAUAUAUUGGUGGCGGUUUCAACUUUUGUAGAAAUCCGAAGUGACAGAUAUGGAUUAUUUGAAUCAAGGGAUUCAUGUUGGGGGCAUUUCUCAUCGGCUUUUGAGCACAUAGGUUCUCGUCUCAGGGUGGCCUGUUGCAUACUGCUUCCUGGCAUUCAAUUAAUUGUGGGAAUCAGCAAUCCCUCUUGGCUUUCUUUGCCAUUCUUUUUAUGCAGUUGUGUUUCCUUGGUUGAUUGGUCUUUAACAAGCAACUUUUUAGGCCUUUUCAGGUGGUGGAGGGUUCUUUGGUUAUAUGCUGGCAUUAGCAUUUGUUUACUAUAUAUGUACCAGCUCCCUGUUCAAUACCCACAAAUGCUUCAUUCUUUAGCUAAUUUCCUUGGUCUCUAUGAAAUAUCUGCGAAUUCAAGCUGGCAAGAGAUUUGUUCUGGGGUCACUCUUUUGAUAUUCUACUACAUGCUUUCAUUUAUUAAAUGCGAUUUGGAAGAAAUGCAUCUCAUUGUGACCAUGACUACCAGUGAAGGAACAUUGACUGAACAGCUUCUUCCCUUGAGGCAUUCUUUUUUCAUUCGUGAAUCCAAAUCAGGUGUAAGGCAUACCAACGUUUUGUUGAGGAGUACAGUUUUUCAGAUUUUCACGAUCAACUUUUUCACAUAUGGCUUCCCGGUGUCCUUGUUUGCACUCUCAUUUUGGAGCUUCCAUUUUGCUAGUAUAUGUGCAUUUGGACUGCUAGCCUAUGUUGGUUACAUCUUGUAUGUUUUCCCUUCACUGUUCCGCAUGCACCGAUUAAAUGGUUUGCUGCUAGUCUUCAUUCUUUUCUGGGCUGUGAGCACAUAUAUCUUCAAUGUUGCAUUUGCUUUCUUGAACUUGAAUCUGAAGAAGGACAUGGAGAUUUGGGAGAUGGUUGGAUUAUGGCAUUAUCCAAUUCCUGGGUUCUUCUUACUUGCCCAGUUUUGUCUUGGAAUUCUUGUAGCUGUGGGUAACCUGGUAAAUAAUUCUGUCUUUCUGUGCUUAUCCGACGAGGAGCAAUACCCUUCAACUAACAGCUCUAUUGAGGAAGAGAAGGGAGAGACUAAAGUACUGAUUGUGGCUACAAUUGCCUGGGGUUUGCGCAAAUCCUCUCGGGCUAUCAUGCUGGUCUUGAUAUUCCUUAUUGCAGCUAAACCUGGUUUCAUCCACGGCGUUUAUAUUGUAUUCUUCUUUGUGUACCUUCUGAGCCAUGACAUCAGCAUGAGGACACGUCAAUCCUUAAUCCUUCUAUGUGAGGUUCAUUUUGUAUUUUUAUACAUUCUUCAGUUUAAUCUGAUCUCAAAAGCUCUAGAGCAAAAGGGAUCAUUGAGUAUGGAGGUUCUGUCUCAGCUAGGCCUUCUUGAAAGUGAAAGUUGUUGGGAUUUCUUUGAAGUAGCUAUCCUUGCUUGCUUCUGUGCCAUUCAUAACCAUGGUUUUGAAAUGUUGUUCUCAUUCUCUGCAAUUGCUCAGCAUACUCCUUGCCCUCCUCUGGGAUUUGGCAUAUUAAAAGCUGGGUUGAACAAAUCAGUUCUCUUGUCAGUUUAUGCUUCUUCCACCACCCGAGAUUGUAAUUACGAUCCUUCACUUGAGAGGAGAAUUGCUCUCUACCUCAGUGCUAUAGGGAGGAAAGUCCUAUCCAUAUACAGAUCAUUUGGGACCUAUAUUGCAUUUAUCACUAUCCUUAUCACAGUUUACCUAGUUAGGCCCAACUACCAGUCAUUCGGCUACAUCUUCCUUCUCCUUGUCUGGAUCAUAGGGAGGCAGCUAUGUGAGAAAACGAAACGACGUGUUUGGUUUCCAUUGAAGCUGUAUGCGAUUCUAGUGUUCAUUCUUAUUUACAGCUUGAGUGUCUUUCCCAGUUUUGAAACAUGGAUGUGCAAAAAAGUCGAUCUGUAUGUAUACUUUGGAUACAAUCAAGAUGGGUCCGUUCUUGAAAACGUUUGGCAGUCCCUUGCAAUUGUGAUUGUGAUGCAACUCUAUAGUUAUGAAAGGCGGCAGAGCAAAUAUUUUCAGUCAGAAGAAGUCACCUGUCAAUAUCAAUUCGGAAUACUUGGUGUCGUUAGGCGUUUUCUCAUUUGGCAUAGUCACAAAAUUCUGCUCAUUGCACUGUUUUAUGCCUCGUUAUCUCCAAUAAGUGCGUUUGGGUUUCUUUAUCUUCUCGGUAUUGUCCUCUGUUCUAAUUUGCCUAAAGCUUCACGAAUUCCGUCCAAACUGUUCCUUGUUUACACUGGAAUUCUAGUGGCUACCGAGUAUCUGUUUCAGAUGUGGGGUAGAAACACCGGGAUGUUUCCGGGACAAAAGCACUAUGAUUUGUCCCUUUUCUUGGGCCUCCAAGUUUAUAAGGCCCACUUUUGGGGUCUGGAAGCAGGAUUGAGAUCCAAAGUCUUCAUCAUUGCUGUGUGUAAUCUUCAAUACAAUGUCUUCCACUGGUUAGAAAACAUGCCUACUUCUCUUUUAGGUGUUGGUGGUGGAUUAGAUGAACCUUGUCCCUUGUUUGUGUCGGCAGAUGAUAUAUUGCCAUCCACACAAACUGGCGAACUAUCCAGACAAAGGAUAGAAGGCAUGAAUGGCAAUAAGUCAAAUGCAUACUUGAGCCAGUCUCUGUAUUCUGACAAAGGGUUCUCGGGUAAUGGAGGCAGCAGAAAGUAUUCAUUUGGUUAUUUAUGGGGAAGCAUGAAGGAGAGUCAUAAGUGGAAUAAGAAAAGGAUUCUUGCCUUGAGGAAGGAAAGGUUUGAGAUACAGAAGACAACCUUAAAAGUGUAUCUCAAGUUUUGGGUAGAGAAUAUGUUUAACCUUUUUGGGCUUGAGAUCAAUAUGAUUGCUUUGCUUCUUGCUAGUUUUGCUCUGCUCAAUGCUAUUUCAAUGCUGUAUAUUGCCUUACUUGCUGCUUGUGUUCUUCUAGAUCGUCGCAUCAUACGCAAAAUAUGGCCUUUUUUUGUUUUGUUGUUUACUUCAAUUCUUGUACUUGAAUACUUUGCCAUGUGGAAGAAGCAGAUGCCAUCAACCCAACCAGAUGCUACCCAUACUCACUGCCAUGGCUGCUGGAGAAACUCAGACACAUAUUUUGAUUUUUGCAAGAAGUGUUGGCUAGGGCUUACGGUUGAUGAUCCACGGAUGCUGAUCAGCUACUUCACAGUCUUCAUGCUUGCAUGCUUCAAACUCCGCGCAGACCGUGCUUCCAGCUUUUCAGGGCCAUUUACGUACCGCCAGAUAGUUUCUCAGCAGAAGAAUUCUUUCGUUUGGAGAGAUCUCUCCUUUGAAACCAAAAGCAUGUGGACUUUUCUUGACUACUUGAGGCUUUACUGCUAUUGUCAUCUUUUAGAUCUUGUGCUGGCUUUGAUUUUGAUAACGGGCACCCUAGAAUAUGAUAUCCUUCACCUCGGAUACCUUGGUUUCGCCCUCAUCUUCUUCAGGAUCAGACUUAAAAUACUCAAACUGAAAAAUAAGAUAUUCAAGUAUCUGCGCAUAUACAAUUUCACAGUUAUUGUACUCUCUCUUGCGUACCAAUCUCCUUUCAUCGGAGACUUCAAUGCCGGGAAAUGUGAAACGAUUGAUUACAUUUAUGAGGUGAUCGGGUUUUAUAAAUACGACUAUGGGUUUCGGAUCACGUCAAGAUCCGCUUUGGUUGAGAUCAUCAUAUUCGUGCUUGUGUCAUUACAAUCGUAUAUGUUUUCCUCAUCUGAGUUUGAUUAUGUUUUUCGGUAUCUCGAGGCAGAACAGAUAGGUGCCAUUGUUUGCGAGCAAGAGAAAAAAGCGGCAUGGAAGAAGGCGCAAUUGCAACACAUUCGCGAAUCGGAUGAGAAGAAACGGCUACGUAACCAGCAAGUUGAGAAGAUGAAGUCAGAGAUGCUCAACCUGCAGAUUCAACUUCAUAGCAUGAAUUCUGUUGACACUUCACCUGUUAGCGAAGGCUUGAGGAGACGGAGAAAGACUUCCCAUAUGAGCUCAGAUUUGGCGUGUGAUUUGCCUGACUCUCCCGAGACUGAGAGUCCGUUGGCUUCAGAACUGGCGAAGCACCCUAUUAUAGAAUCAACUCUGUGUGAGAUAACUGAACUUGAUGAAGAACAAGAAUGUGAUAAUGCUGUUACAGAUCAAGAAAAACAAAGGAGAGAUCAUAGUGGCAGCCUACUAAAGGAGAAUCCAUUGACUUCAGCAGUGCAGUUGAUAGGGGAUGGGGUCUCUCAAGUGCAGUCCUUCGGAAAUUUGGCCGUGAGCAAUAUUGUCAGCUUUUUGAAUCUUUCUCAAGAAAAUUCUGAUUCUGACGAGUCUUUUUCGGCUGGAGAUGGUCUAAACAUGAGAAACCGUACAUACAUGGAUCGUGCUUCUUCUUUGCAAUCUGAAAGGAGCAGAACAUCUGAAGCAGCGAGCCUGCAAAUCAGCAGAAUAUUCUCCCACAUAUGGUCUCAGAUGCGAUCCAACAACGAUUUUGUGUGUUACUGUUGCUUUCUUCUUGUUUUCCUCUGGAAUUUUAGCUUGUUAUCGAUGGUCUACUUGGCUUCUCUCUUCUUAUAUGCUCUUUGUGUCAAUACUGGUCCGAGCUACAUCUUCUGGAUAGUCAUGUUAAUCUAUACAGAGAUUUAUGUUUUACUUCGGUACCUCUAUCAAGUUGUCAUUCAACAUUGUGGUUUCACCAUCCAGUCGAGCCUUCUUCCCGUAUUUGGAUUUCCUACUAAAAGGAUGACUUCGUCAUUUGUUAUCAGUUCACUUCCGUUGUUUCUGGUGUAUUUAUUUACUCUCAUACAGAGUUCUAUUACUGCGAAAGACGGUGAGUGGUUUUCUCUGGCGAAUGGGAACAAUGGUAAGGGAAGGCAAGUGCAUCAGAAAGAAGAUCCCGCGGGGUCCAGCUGUAGCGAGAAGGUGAUGAAGCUAUUUCAGCCGUUGAAAAACAUGAUGAGAAUAGUAACCAGAAGCUGUUGCAGAUACUGGAAGUCACUGACACAGGAUGCAGAAUCUCCUCCAUACUUUGUUCAGUUGUCUAUGGAUGUGAAUGUUUGGCCUGAGUAUGGGAUCCAACCGGAGAGGAUCGAGUCCGGAAUAAACCAACUGUUGCUACUUGUGCAUAAUGAGAGAUGCAAGAAAGAAAACCCUAAUCAUUGCUCUUGUGUUAGUAGAGUUCAGAUUCAGAGCAUUGAGAAGAGUGCUGAGAAUCCAAACAUGGCCUUAGCUGUUUUUGAAGUGGUUUCUUCAUGUCCGCUUACGGAGGAAUGUACGCCUGAAGAACCAUUCAAGUCCCUCACCCCCGCUGCUGAUGUGGCAAAGGAUAUUCUUAAGGCACAACGUGUGGGUUUUGUUGAAGAUGUUAGAUUUCCAUACCCUGUACUCUCCGUCAUUGGAGGGGGAAAAAGGGAAAUUGAUCUUUAUGCUUACAUAUUUGGUGCUGAUCUGUCUGUGUUUUUCUUGGUCGCUAUUUUCUACCAAUCCGUUAUAAAAAACAAGAGUGAUUUUCUGGAUGUUUCUCAACUAGAGGAUCAGUUCCCUAAGGAGUUCGUAUUCAUGCUGAUGGUUAUCUUCUUCUUGAUGAUGGUUGAUCGAGUCAUAUACCUUUCUUCAUUCACAUCAGGGAAAGUGAUUUUCUACCUCUUCAAUCUCAUACUUUUCACAUAUUUUGUCAUGGAAUAUGCUUGGAGUACAGAUUAUUCACAGCAGAGUGCCCCAGGGUUAGCUCUUCGUGCAAUAUACCUCACUAAAGCAAUUUCAUUGGCUUUACAGGCCAUCCAAAUUCGCUAUGGCAUCCCCCAUAAAAGCACAUUGUACCGCCAGUUUCUGACCAGCACAAUCUCACGAGUCAAUUAUAUUGGCUACCGUCUUUAUCGUGCACUCCCAUUCCUCUAUGAACUCAGAUGUGUGCUUGACUGGUCUUGCACUACAACGUCAUUGACAAUGUAUGACUGGCUAAAGCUAGAAGACAUCAAUGCAAGUUUGUACCUUGUCAAAUGUGAUGCUGUUCUGAAUAGAGCAACACAUAAACAAGGAGGGAAGCAGAGCAAGAUGACUAAGUUCUGCAAUGGCAUUUGCUUGUUCUUCAUCUUAAUAUGUGUAAUCUGGACUCCCAUGCUGAUGUAUAGCAGUGGUAAUCCUACAAACAUUGCAAACCCUGUGAACGAUGCCAGUGUCCAACUUGAUAUCAAGACCGAUGGUGGAAGGUUAACACUAUACCAGACGACUCUAUGUGAAAGAAUUCCGUGGGACCAGCUUCAUAACACUUCUAACAAUCUUGAUCCAGAUGGUAGUCUCGAUGCAUAUAACGAGUAUGAUAUCCAAUUGAUUUGCUGUCAAGCUGACUCAACUACUUUGUGGCUUGUCCCCGAUAUGGUUAAGAGGAGGUUCAUUCAGUCUUUUAACAGCCGUAUGGAGAUUAAGUUUUCUUGGGUUCUCACUAGAGACAGGCCAAAGGGGAAGGAAGUUGUGAAGUAUGAUAUAACCGCUGAUCCUCCCCGACCUUUGGAAGUUGAGAGAGCUAUAAAUGGCUCAUCCAGUAGCUUUAGAGUUGAAAAUAUCUAUCCGAGAUUCUUUCGAGUCACUGGUUCUGGAGAUGUUAGGCCCUUUGAGAAACAGGAAAAUGAUGUGAGUGCUGACAUUGUUUUGAACCACGGAGUUUCUGAUUGGUGGUCUUUCCAUGAUACAAAUUCAUUAGACGUAAGUGGUUGUGGGGGGUGGAUGGGUCCCAUGGCCAUCAUCGUAUCCGAAGAAACUCCUCAGGGGUUGCUUGGCGACACGCUUAGCAAAUUCAGUAUUUGGGGUCUCUACAUUACAUUUGUGCUAGCAGUUGGCCGGUUUAUUAGGCUUCAAUGCUCUGACUUGCGAAUGAGAAUCCCAUAUGAGAAUCUUCCUUCAUGUGACAGAUUGAUUGCCAUCUGUGAGGAUAUUUAUGCUGCGAGAGCGGAGGGAGAGCUUGGAGUUGAGGAGGUUCUGUAUUGGACAGUGGUAAAGAUAUACAGGUCGCCACACAUGUUGCUGGAGUAUACCAAGCCAGACUAGAGAAUCCCUGCCACCAGACGGAACAAUGUUUUUUGUUCUUUAUUAUUAUAAAGAGAGAAUAGCAUUCAUUUCUUUCUUUGUUUUCUAUUUUAUUGGAUCAGUGAAAUGCUUCCUGCGAUAUACUAGUAUUAGUUUGAAGUUGGCCGGGAAGUUUCAGAAUAGAGAUAGUAGUAGACUAGUAGCUAUACGUGUAAAUAUUCAGCUAAAGUUUAUAAUUUAUUGGAAUUCAUUUUUUUGUAAUGCAAUUCUUCAAUACAGUGCAAGAGUGCUAACAAACCGAGCUUGUCCUGAAUAUUUAAUGCUUGAGGUUCAGCUUGAUAAUAUACUUGAAUUUAUGUGUUAAGC